AUGGUGUCGUACCCGCCCCACAGUACCAGUACGACCACUCCGAGCACUCCGACCAUCUCCAUCACCUCGCCCGGCCAGAGCACCGCCGCGUCUUCGGCCUCCACGUCUCGGUCCCAGACUCGCCACGACGCCAGCCCCAUCCGCACCCGGACCAACGGCGACUACCAGGCCACUGGAACCGAAGAAGACGACGAAGGGGACGACCACGACCACGCCCACGCCCACGCCGGUGCAGGCCAAGAAGACGACUUUGAUCUCGAGAUGAACCUCGCACGAGGCGCGCUCAACGGCCGGCACAACAACGCCCGACUCGGACACCCGGGCGCUUCAUCCUCGCCUGGAUCCCAUCCGUUUCGCGCGCUCACACCCAAACGCAUUGCCAUCAUCGCUGGAUCCCUGCUGCUUCUCAUCUUUUGGUUCGGCAAGGGGACGGGGACAGGGUCUUUCUCCGGCGUAGACGAGGCCGCGCACAACCACGCCUCGACCGACCUCAUCACGACCCCUAACGGUGGUGACGACAACAAGGUCGACGACAUUGAACCCAACCUUCCCCCUGAAUCACCUCAAAAGCAACCCUCGAAAGGCUCGAGUCGAUGCACCCCUCCACCAGGGAAGAAGGCGACCUCGUACGCGCUCAUGAUCGAUGCCGGCUCGACCGGCUCGCGCAUGCACGUCUACACUUUUUCGCAGUGCGAUCCUUCGCCCCACGCUGUUCCCAAACUCGAGCAUGAGGGCUUUUACACUACCAAACCAGGGCUGUCGUCGUACGUGGGUCGACCCCAGGACGCGGCUGAAUCUCUGCGUGGAUUGAUGGACCUUGCCGUUGCGGAUGUACCCCCGUCCGAGCGGAGUUGUACCCCCGUCGCGGUCAAAGCUACGGCUGGAUUGCGGUUGUUGGGAGAGAGGGAAAGCAAUGAGAUCUUGAGGGAGGUCGAGAGGUGGAUGAGGAAAGAGUUCCCCUUCUCGGUUGUCGAUGAUGGGGUCGUCAUCAUGGAUGGGCGAGAUGAAGGUUUGUUGCUGUCUGCUUUAACGUUCCGGGUGGCACGGGAAGCUGAUUUAUCUACAAUGGCCCUUGCCAGGUGUUUAUGCUUGGAUCACGAUCAAUUCGGUGGGUGUUUUAAUCAUCUACGCUUAUUUGCUCUUCUCGUCAUACUCACUCUACUCGUUCCAAUCUCUCUCCAGCUGCUUGGCCUGAUCGGGCCCAAGACGGUCAACCCCGCCGGCUCAGCGGCCAUCAUGGACCUGGGUGGUGCAUCAACGCAGAUCGUCUUUGAGCCGACAUUCGGUCCCGCGUCAAAGCAAAAGCUCGCACCGGGGGACCACGUCUACGACCUCGACUUUGCCGGCCAGCCCCACACCUUGUAUCAGCACUCGCAUCUUGGCUUCGGUCUCAUGCAGGCCCGUCGCGCCGUGCACAACCUCGUCGCAUUUUCCUACGUGUGGUUGUCGGCACCCACGGGGAGAGCAAUUGAGUGGGACGAUUUGACCGAGAAGACGAGGAUCCCGAACCCUUGUAUGUUCAAGGGCGAGACCAAGGUCGUCAAGCUCGAUCCGCCGGGUCGGAAGGAGGUCCAUGUCACGAUGGUUGGGACAGGGGCUGGGUUCGAGGCAUGCCGUCGCGUGGUCGAUGUUAUGAUUGCUAAGGAUGCGGCUUGCGUAGAACCUCCUUGUGCUUUUGCUGGGGUGUACCAGCCUGCGCUUAGGGAGGUCUUUGCUGCCGGCAAGGUGUGGGCGUGAGUUUUUCUUCUCAAGGUCGUGUCUGUGUCUUGAGACAAUUUCUGACGUUUUUUUUGUUUUUUUUUCCAGACUUUCUUACUUUUACGAUCGCAUCGCCCCUCUUGGCCUCGCUUCCCCUUUCGCCAUCUCGGACCUGCGCAAAUUGACUUCGGACGUGUGCUCCGGUCGAGAAUCCCCAACGUGGUCACGUUUCAAGGGCCAUCCCGAGGCCAAGUCGGAACUCGAUGGUCGACCCGAGUACUGCCUCGAUUUGACGUUCAUGUACUCGCUCUUGUCGCUGGGGUACGAGCUCGAGGAUGAACGGCAGGUUUGGAUCGGGAAGAAGGUCGGCGAGAUUGAAUUGGGAUGGUGAGUCGCGGUGAAAAUAUCACACAGAUCUGUGAUAUUGAUAUUGCCGAACUAACGACGCCGUUUUCGAUGUUUCUGCUCAGGGCUUUGGGUGCGGCUUUGGCGAUGGCCCAGGGGAGUCUCAAAUGUCGUGCCGACUGA